AGCCGCUUCCUGUAGGCAGCGGGAUGAGCGCAGACAAAGCUGGGUGGGGACUCGCCGCUCGGGGCUGCUGCUGACCACCCUCCUCCUCCUCCGGCCGCAUCCCUCCGGCCCUCCCUCCUCCAUCCAUCCCUCCCUCCCUCCAUCCCUCCAUCCCUCACAAACGUCCGUCCAUCCAUCCCUCCAUCCAUCCCUCCGUCCGUCCGUCCGUCCCGCCGCCGCCGCCCGCCCCGCGGGGCACCACCGCCCGUCUCCAGGUGGUGAGCGGCCAAGAGGAGCAGAUCUUCCCCUAGAGGCACAGAUCAGCGGAGAGACCGGCUUCUGCCCCCCCGGGGAGCGUGCCUGGCCUGCCCAUGGCUAGCAACAACACUGCCAGCAUAGCGCAAGCACGGAAGCUGGUGGAGCAGCUGAAGAUGGAAGCCAACAUCGACAGGAUAAAGGUGUCCAAAGCAGCAGCAGACCUGAUGGCGUACUGCGAAGCCCACGCCAAGGAGGACCCUCUAUUGACCCCCGUCCCGGCCUCAGAAAACCCCUUUAGAGAGAAGAAGUUCUUCUGUGUGAUCCUGUAAACCCUUGAGGAGCCUGACGGGCACUCAGGCCACCCUGAACACUGAUGUAGAGUUUUUAGGAAUGGGGACGACCUGCUAGUCCACAGAAUUUAAACAAAAAUAAGUAAAAUACACGGCCUGGAAGCUACAGAGAUGUGCAUGUUUUAAAGAACCUGGCCACCUUUUGGGGGAAUAAGAUGAUCUGCAUUGUGAGGCAAAAGAUCUGAAGUCUGUAGAGUUGCCUAGAAAGAGAGAAAAAAAAAAAAUAUGUAAAGAAUAAAUAUGUGUCACUUUUCUGCUCACAAAAUCGUUUGAUUGUUCCAUAUUCAAAGCACCAGAGCUGUGCUGAGCAAAGUAACUGCUAGGGAUGUGUGUAACCUUCUUGGAAUGAUAUUGUUGGUUUCUUUCCAAACUAAUAUUUUUUAUUUAAGUUGUCAGAUAUAUAGCAGCAGGUUAGGUGACUUAUGAUGUUACUCAAUGUUUGGUCUUGUGCUUUUUAAUUUCUGGUGGUAGCACAGCAGGGGGGGUUGAGUGGCCCCACGGGGGGUUUGGGGGGGACACCGGCAGCUCCUGCCUGUCCCUCACGUGCUGGCAGCUCCGUGUUCCUGGCAAACCCCACUUUUUUACCAUUUUGUAUAUGGUUAGCUUUGAUUCUGCAGGUAAAAGUGAUUCAUGUGUCGUGGUUGGUGCUUCA